AGAAAGAGCCCUUCGCAAACCGCGAGAUCCCCGUCUCCCCCAAAAUCUUCCCAAAUCCAUCUGCUACCCUGCUCUGCCCAUCUAUCUCCGAGGAGCUCGAGCUCGCAGUACCCCGGCCUAAGGAACGCCCCGUGCCCCACUGGAGUCGUGGAAGCUACGGCAAGUGUGGGGAUCCGGCUGAUGCGGCGGCGGCAAUGGGCGUCUGGGACUCCAUCCUCCGCGGCGGCGGCCAGCGCUUCAUCAAGCGCAAGGACAGCGACGCCGGCGAGGCAGGUCGGGCACUGGAGGAACUGAGAGGUUCACUGUUCAAUGAUUUUCAUACUUUGGAAGGGGCCAAGCGCCAGCAGCAGAGGUUUUGUGGCCCUAUCGUUGCAUUGACAUUCAACUUUGUGGUUGCUGUUGGGAUCAUCAUGGCAAACAAAAUGGUGAUGGGAACUGUUGGAUUUAACUUCCCAGUUGCACUGUCAUUAAUUCAUUACCUAUUCGCUUGGGCUCUAAUGGCUGUCCUCAAGGCAUUAUACUUGCUGCCAAUUGCUCCUCCUUCGAAAACCACUCCUUUCUCCUCAUUAUUUGCUUUGGGUGCUGUCAUGUCUUUCUCCACUGGGCUUGCCAAUGUCAGCUUAAAGCAUAAUAGUGUAGGUUUUUAUCAAAUGGCUAAGGUAGCUGUGACUCCAACAAUAGUUGUAGCAGAAUUUGUUCUUUUUCAGAAGAAGGUUUCCCAGCGAAAGGUUGUCACGCUGGUCGUUGUCUCAUUUGGUGUGGCUCUUGCAACUGUUACUGAUUUGGAGUUCAAUUUUUUUGGUGCUUGUGUAGCGCUAGCUUGGAUUAUUCCUAGCGCUGUGAAUAAAAUCCUUUGGUCAAAUUUACAACAGAGUGGAAACUGGACAGCUCUUGCGUUAAUGUGGAAGACGACCCCAAUAACCAUAUUUUUCUUUAUUGUUUUAAUGCCAUUGCUGGAUCCUCCGGGCCUUUUGUCUUUCAAUUGGGAUUUCAAGAACAGCAGUGCAAUUAUCAUAUCUGCUUUGUUCGGUUUUCUUCUUCAGUGGUCUGGUGCUUUGGCACUCGGUGCAACCUCGGCUCUCGCUCAUGUUGUGCUAGGUCAGUUCAAGACGAUUGUUAUAAUGCUCUCUGGUUACCUUGUAUUUAAAUCUGAUCCUGGAGUCACCAGCCUCUGCGGAGCUUUCAUUGCCCUCGGUGGGAUGUCAGUGUAUACUUACCUAGGGAUGAAAGAGUCAGCCUUUGGUGGCAAGAGAAAUCCCUCAAAUUCAAGGCAAAAUUCUCAUUUGCUGAAGUCCAAGGUUAUUAUAGAUGGACAAAAGCCGGAAACAAAGCCUAUGGAUUCUGUUUAAGUUGAAGAAUUGCCAUUCUGCUUGGUUUAAGAAGCCAUUUCAAGCACUAAGGCAGUUGGUGAACACACUUGUCGAGUUUCAUACACCAACCCGUUCACUCGGAAGCUUAAAAAGACUCGUACUUAAGUAGCAUUCCUUUGAGUCACUUUCUUUAGUUCUUGUGUGCUAUGAUUCUGUAGGCAAUUUUGGUAACUUCGUUUUGUCAUUGACCAGAUCCAUUUGUACGGAGGAACUACUAUUGAUUCUAAUUCUAGGCAAUUUUGGUCA